UUCAGCUAGUGCCUCGUGCACGGAGAGAGGUCAGCGAAGCGCUCUUGCAAGAGGUCGUCGUCAGACAUUGAUGGAGCUCUCUCCCCUGCUUCUCCUCCUCCCUCUCCUCCUCGUUGGCUUCUUCUGCCUCAGCAAGGCCCGCGCCGCCGGCCGGAACGCGCGGCGCCUGCCUCCAGCGCCUCGGGGCCUGCCUCUGAUCGGCAACCUGCACCAGGUGGGCGCGCUCCCGCACCGCGCCCUCCGCGCGCUCGCCGCGGCGCACGGCGCGCCCGACCUCUUGCGCCUCCGCCUCGGCCAGGUCCCCGCGCUGGUCGCCUCCUCCCCGGCCGCCGCGGCGGCGCUCAUGCGCGAGCAUGACGGCGCCUUCGCCACGCGCCCGUACUUCCGCACCGCCGAGAUCCUCACCUACGGCUUCCAGGACCUGGUCUUCGCGCCCCACGGCGAGCACUGGCGCCAUGUCCGCCGGCUCUGCUCCGCGCACGUCCUCAGCGCCGCUCGGUCCCACGGAUUCGGCGGCAUGCGGGAGCGGGAGGUCGCCGCGCUGGUGCGGACCAUCAGGGAGCGCGCCGCCUCCUCGCCCGGCGGCGUGGUCGACGUGAGCAAGGCGCUGUACGGCUUCGCCAACGGCGUGAUCUGCCGGGCGGUGUCCGGGACCGGGAGGCUGUCCCGGGAGGAGGAGGGGCGGAGGAGCGAGCUGUUCCGGGAGCUGAUCGAGGAGAACACGGCGCUGCUGGGAGGGUUCUGCGUGGGGGACUACUUCCCGUCGCUGGUGUGGGCGGACGCCCUGUCCGGCGCCGGCGCGAGGGCGCGGAGGAACUUCAAGCGGUGGGACGAGCUGCUGGAGAAGGUGGUCCAGGAGCACGAGGCGCGGCACAACGGCGGCGGCGACGAGGAGGAGGACUUCGUGGACGUGCUGCUCGCGCUGCAGGCGGAGAAGCAGGACGACGGGUUCGAGCUGACCAGGGACGCCAUCAAGUCGCUCCUGGAGGACAUGUUCGCGGCCGGGACGGAGACGUCCUUCAUCGCGCUGGAGUGGGCCAUGUCGGAGCUGGUCAGGAACCCCGCGGCCAUGCAGGAGCUCCAGCGCGAGGUCCGCCGCGCCGGGCCCGCCGACGCGACGCCGUACCUGCGCGCCGUGGUCAAGGAGACGCUCCGCCUCCACCCGCCGGUGCCGCUGCUCCUCCCGCGCGAGUGCAUGCGCGACGCGGCCGUGCUGGGGUUCCACGUCGCGCGGGGCACGCGCGUGUUCGUCAACGCCUGGGCCGUCGGCCGCGACCCGGCGUCGUGGGGCGCCGCGGCCGACGAGUUCCGGCCCGAGAGGUUCCUGGCGGAGGACCGCGAGGUGGACUUCCGGGGCGCGCACUUCCAGCUCAUCCCGUUCGGGGCCGGCCGGCGGGCCUGCCCCGGGAUCCAGUUCGGGCUGGCCACCGUGGAGCUUGCGCUGGCCAACCUGGCGCGCCUGUUUGACUGGGAGGUGCCCGGCGGCGCGGCGCCGGGGGAGCUCGACAUGUCGGACGCGCCCGGGCUGACCACGCCCAGGCGGGUGCCGCUCCGGCUCGUCGCCAAGCCGGUCCGUUGGGAGGAGCAGCAGGCGUAGUCAGUUGUUGUGCCGUGUCCGUGUGUAUCCAUGGGAUGUGAUCUCUGCUGCAAGCAUCAGCCGUCGGCGCUGCCUGUGCUCCGCGUCGAUAGGGUCCGCAGCGCGUGUGGCUACUUUUCUGCUGUGUGUCACGGCCAUCCACAGCAGAUCUUGCUGCCGAGCACUGUAAGACCCUUUUUGUUCCUAAAAGUCCCUGGACUAGUUUUAGUCCUUCUCUAAAAUAAAAAGUCCCUCCCUGUUUGUUUUGAGGGACUUAAGGGACUAGAGAUCAUUAUUUGCAGUGGUGAAAGGACCCAAA